AUGAAUCGUCGUAUCGUUGUAUUUUCAGGCGGAAGUGCCGCCAACAGUCUGGUGGAUGUUUUUGGGAAAGUUGCCGAAGAAAAGGCCUGUUCUCUGAGUUAUGUCAUUCCGAUUAGUGAUAAUGGAGGCUCUUCCUCUGAACUUAUUCGUGUCUUCGGUGGUCCUGGUAUCGGUGAUGUGAGAAUUCAGAUGCUUCUCGACGUGCCUUUAGGACAGGCUGGUUCUCUAUCAAACUCUUUCCAAGUCUCUAUGAAGACCCUUCAUCUAAGUAGACUAGUCCGACUUAUCCCCGAAGAUCCCACUGGCACCAAUCCCGAAAGAUCCGCUCUAAGCACUUUCUUCAACCAUCGUCUGGAUCCCUCCCCCCAAGAAGCCAAACAUGAAUGGCUAGCCAUAGUCGAAGGCCACUCUCCUUUAUGGAGCGACAUUACCUCUGCCAAGCGUGAACUAAUUCGUUCCUUCCUCAACACCAUAAAUCUCGAGAUUGUCAAGCGAGCUCGUCCCACCUCUGUCUUUAAUUUUCAAUCAGCUUCUGUUGGCAACUUGUUCUUAACGGGUGCUCGUAUCUUUACAGGAAGUUUUGAGGCAGCAAUUUACCUUUUAUCAAGUAUUACCGGUGUGAGAGAUAAUGUUGAGGUUAUCCCAGCAAUCAACACCCCCACCUUCGUCCCUACGCAACCUGUCUCUCCCGCCACCUUCCACAAGCGUCAAUCCAUCGACCUUCUAUACCACGACCGCAUCGAAGACGCCAAUCUUCCCGGUUCCCUCCCUACCCUUCGCAAACAAAACAUUCUUUUUCAAAAAUCCCACACCGAGGAGCUCUCCUCCGCCAUCGAGCGAAUCUGGUACAUCAACCCUUACGGCCAAGAAAUUCGUCCUACACCCAAUACCAAAGUUCUUUCUGCUCUUCAGGACGCUAGUUGCGUAAUUUAUAGUAUCGGCUCUCUUUAUACAUCCAUUCUCCCUUGCUUGAUAUUAAGGGAUGUAGGACCUGCGAUUGCGGAUCCGAAGAUUAAGUUUAAAGUACUUAUUUUGAAUGGAUGUCUGGAUCGCGAGACUCCGGAAUAUACGGCGAAAGAUUUUAUCCAGGCGAUUGUUCACGGUUGUACUGGGAAUGGAAAGGAAGAACAUGAUCACGAACAAGAACAUCAUGAAAAAGUAAAAGAACAAGAAUGGAAAAAAUACAUCACGCAUGUAGUAUAUCUAGAAGGCCCAGGUACACCGAUAGUAGAUAAGGCGGAGCUCAAGAGAUUAGGCAUUGAAGCUGUGAGGGUCUAUGGACGAAGAUCGGAAUCUGGGAAGGAAGUACAGGGCGUAAUAUUGAAGAAUCCGGUUAUUGAUGCCGUGAAAAGUGAAGAUGUGGGGAAUGGAACUGAGAAUAAGGCGAGAGAGGAUAUCGUGGGGAUAAUAGAUAAAGAUGAUAGUUCGGGAAUGAGGUACGAUGGAGUUGGGUUAGGACAGGCGUUGAAUGCUAUUUUGGGAGGCAAACCGGAAAAGUCGAGGAGAUAUACUUUUAUUGGUUGA